UUGCAAUCAGCACAUGCGCAGUAACAGACAGUGGCGAAAAGACCGCCCGCGCAUUUAUAGUCGAACGGGACCAACAGGCGCAUGUACGUCAACUGUUGGAAGGGAGCCUCGGGGAUUCGCGCAGGCGCGGCGAGUGUUGGACCGGGAUUACGAGAUAUGCGCAUGCGUUAGCAGGGAGCCACGGGGAUUCGCGCAUGAGCAGCAAGUAUCGGCGGGGGAACCAGUGUCCUACGCGCGCGCGCUUUGGAAGGAAGCGGAGCGGAACGCGCAGGCGCGUGAGCCAGGAACAAUGGGAUACGCGCAGGCGCGAGGGCUGGGACCUAUGGGAUACGCGCAUGCGUGGUGACGGUCGGAUGGAGCCGAAGGUGGGGAUCCGGGUGGCACGAGCAGCGAAGUUGAACCGCUGCUGAGCAGCCAUGGAGAAGUUUGGCAUGAACUUUGGGGGCGGCCCUAGCAAAAAAGAUCUUUUGGAAACUAUUGAAUCUCAGAAGAAACAGCUUCUUCAGUACCAGACUCGCUUGAAGGAUGUUGUUAGAGCCUACAAGAGCUUGCUCAAGGAAAAGGAAGCCUUGGAAGCUAGCUUAAAAGUGUUGUCCGUGUCUCAUGAGACAGACGUUGGCCUGAGUGGAGCUCACCUUGAAGAUGUUGCCAGCUCCAAUGUUUCCUUUGCUGACUCUGCUGAUGACAGGAGUUCUGUUCAUAGCGAAGACAGCAUGGGGACAGCUACAAGUGUGGACACUGCUGCCAGCUUGACCAGUGCCAAGGGUGAACUGGGGAUAGAAGAUGAGAGAACCACAGCUGGGGCUUCCCUUAUGAAAUCAGAGGAGGCGAGUGGAUCAGAGAGUGGUGUCAGCACUGGCAGUGGGGAUGUGCCCGCCACUGUUAAUGAGGCUGACAAAAGGGUGCUCCAGCUGAAGACUCAGCUGGCCACCUUGACCAGCUCCCUGGCUACAGUCACCCAAGAGAAAUCCCGCAUGGAAGCCUCAUACCUAGCAGACAAGAAAAAAAUGAAGCAGGACCAGGAUGAGGCCAGCAAAAAGGCUGAGGAAGAGAGGAGCAAGUUGGAGGCAGAGAUGAAGUGUGUCCAAGAGCAGCUGGCAGAGACCAAAGCUCGUCUAAUCACACAGCAACAUGACCGGGCCCAGGAGCAGAGUGACCAUGCCAUUAUGCUGCGGGAGCUACAGAAGCUGCUGCAAAAUGAGAGGACCUUGCGCCAGGAUGUGGAGCUAAAGCUGGAGGAGACCAGGGAAGCACUGGCUGGAAGGGUGUACGUGGCUGACCGUGUGGAAGAGUCUGAACUGCAGACCAAGCAGCUGAGCAGGGUGGUGGAGGCGCUGAAGAGAGAACUGCAGGCUGUGCAGGAAGAAAACUGCAAGCCAGACCCCCGGCUGCAGGAGCUGCAGGAUGAGAUGUCCAGCCUCAAGAGUCACUUUCAAGCACAGCUGCUGCAAGAGAUGAGAAAGACUGCACAGGCAGAAGAGCAGCUCCGUCAGCAUGCCCAGAUGGAGGAACGCCGAGUGGCCAGCUUGGAGAGCCAGGUCUCUGAGGUGUCAGAGCUGCUUGGCACUUACGAAAAAGCCAAACAAAAAGACCAAAUGACCAUUCAGAAACUAAAGGACCGCAUUGUGCAGUUAGACCUGGAAAACAAGACUCUGGCCAUCGCUGCUUCCAGCCGAUCCCCAAUGGACAUUCACAUUGAGGAAGCCAGCCUGGAUGUUAACGUUCUGAAAGACAAAAUGGAGAAGCUGAAGAAGCUGCUGCAGAUGGCAGCCAAGAAGAGUCAGCCCGCCCUGGACAUAGAGAAGCUCUGUGAGCUGGAGCUGCCAAAGGGCACUGAGGCUGGGGAUGGGGAGAAGGCUACUGCUCUGUAUUACCAGCAAGAGCUGAAGCAACUGAAGGAGGAAUUUGAAAGGUACAAGAUGAGAGCACAAGUGGUCCUCAAGAACAAGUCAGCCAAAGAUGGCAACCUGGCCAAAGAGCUAGAGGACACCCAGGAACAGCUGGCUGAGCUGAAGGAGAAAUACGUUGCACUUCGGCUCUCCUGUGAGGAGAUGGAAAAGCAACACAAGCAAGAAAUGGAAGCCAAGAAGCAAGAGGUGUCCCACCUUCAGCAGGUCCACAGACAGGACCUAGAGAAAUGCCAGCUGGAUUACAGGGAAAGGGCACUAAAGCUGGAGGAAGAGAUGCACAAGCAGCGGGACAGAGCACUGGCUGUGCUGUCGGAAAAGGACCAAGAGCUGGAGCAGUUGAGGUCUCUAGCCAUACCUUACGGACUUCAAGGAUCCAAAAACUACCUAGCACCAGGGAGUGACAUUAGCGGUGAUGAUUUAAUGGGUGCAAUCUCUUCUGAGAACCUCACCCAGGCUCUGCAUCUUGCUGCCACCAAUGAGCCCACUUUCUUUCUAUAUGCAGAGCAGCUGGCCCGGAAAGAGGUAGAAAUUGUAGCCUUAAGGAAGCAGAAGCACAAACUGGAGAAGGAAGUUCACCAGCUCCAGGAGAGACUUUUGGUUGAGGAAGAGAAGCAUAGGGAAGAGGUAUCCACCCUUCAAGACCAUAUCCAGAAGAACUUAAGGGAUAAGAGCAGAGAGGGAGCCAACCUGGAAUAUCUCAAGAACAUUGUCUAUCGGUUCUUGACCUUACCGGACUCACUGGGCCGUCAGCAAACUCUAACUGCCAUAUUGACUAUACUGCACUUCAGUCCAGAGGAGAAGCAGGUUAUUAUGAGACAUUCAGCUAACAGCAGUUGGUGGCUUUCUGGGAAGAGAUGAGAACCCGGGUCCUGCUCAUAACUACUUUACUUCUAUGGUGACAUGUUCCUGUUUUCUAACUGUACGAGAAGAACUAACCAGCCUUCCCAGGACCUCUGCACUUAAUUGUGUCCAUCAUGUGUCAAGGGCACAGGAGCCUUCAGCAGAGUACUGAGCUUUUAAACUAGUGAAAUUAGCACUAGGCCAAAAAACAAAUUGUCAUCUCAGUAAUUCCACUAGGACUACAACUUUCUAUGCCACAAGAAUUCACUCGGGGUUAAGACUUCAUAGAAGGAGGUCCCCACUGAGGAGAUCAGUAUUUUUUUUUUUAAUCAAAUGUUCCUUCCUUCCUUCCUUCCUUUUUUUUUUUUUUUUAAACCUGUUAGAUAUAGAGUGGGGAGAACUUACUAAGUUAGGUCACUUGCUUGGGUCUUAAAACUCCAAAUGGGCUCAUGGCCUAAAAAUAAAAGGAAAAGCACUUAACCGAUUGGGCAGCGCUGUGAUCUAAUCACUUAGCAUUUAAAAAAACCCUGAAUUGCUUUGCCAAGUAUGGGAACCAAGGGGCUGAGUAAUGGCUCUAUGCCAUUUCUAAAACAAAAAGGACAACGUACCCAUCUCAUCAAGUUAGAUCUGAGUUUCUAACCUUCGUGGGCAAAGGGGAAUCCAGUGUUAAUGUGUUAGAUCCCAGGAAGGUGGUGAUGAAAGCCUGGGAUUGCAAUGGCAAGCUGACCUCCAGCAAUCAUUUUAGGCUUUCUGGGGCUUGUCCACCAUCCUGGAUAUUCUUAGACUAGCUCUUUGUUCAGAAUUUUUCAGGGGGGAGCACAACUGUUGAAGAAGUUGGAAGAAGCAGUGAAGGGUGUGGGAAAGCCAGUCUGCUGAGCAGAGAGAACCCAGUAGCUCACUGGGGAAAUAUGAUUUGCAGUAAAGUACCUGGGGGCUUGGCCCACUUUCACUUUAAUCCAGAGGUUCUGCCAAAACUUCUCCAGGAUUAACUGAGAUUAGCAGCCAGAGGUCGGAAAUACCAUUCUCUGGUGGGCUACUGCAAAUAUAGCAUUGGAAACAGUAGCAUUACUAUUCCUUCUGGCUGUGCCCAGGAGCCCUUCGGCAAGACUGAUGGCUGCUACACCGCCCAAUGUGAGGCUUUGACUCGCCCGAGAAGACAGCAGCACUAUUCAUUUCAGUAAGGGCUGCAGGACUGGCCUCUAACAAGCCAGACAGGGAAGGGGUUGGGCAGAAGAUCAGGCUGUGGGUUCUGAGCAUUGGAGUCUGCUGGCUGGGUGAGAAGGGUAGUCUGACGCGAAGUGUAUUGGUACCAUUGCUUCCUCGUGUAUGUCUCUGCACCUUCUGAUCCCAUUUGUGUUAUAUAACAUGCACCAGCCUAGCGCUGCAACACCGCCAAGGGGGCUGGGUCCUGGUCUAUCCUGUCUGUGGAAAACACAUGUCUUUCUGGAUUGGCAUGGAAGGUGGAGUCUGUGUGUGCAAAACCCCUGCUUUCCAUGGUGCAUAUCCAGUGGGAAUGUGACCCAGUCCUUUUUCCUUGCCUGAGUGUGCUGCAGAGGCUGAGCUAUUGAAAGGGACAUCCUUGGCUCUCACUUGGGAGUAAGGGACAACUGCCCCGUGGCUGGCCUGGUUAGGAAGUAGAAGCCUCUUCACAUGCAAGUCCCACACGGUCAAGCCUGUAUUUCUCUGUGCUGAACUAGCAGGGGAGCAGAUUGCCUUAACCCCUGUCUCUUUUCAUUCUCCUCUCUCCCCCCACCCCUGGCAAUUAAUACCGACAGGCGUGAGAGUAGACAGGAAUCGAGCUUUCAACAAGUUCCCUUUCCUUUUCCUGUGGGUAGCUUUGCCUUUCUGGGGGGAAAGCAUAGAGGCUGUCUGGGUACCCAAAUGUAUGAAGCUAACACUUUCCUUUCCAUAGUGCAUUGGCACACCCAAAUCACAAGGCGGCACCCUCUA